UCUCUCAACCCUCCACCACCCCUAUAUAUAUUCAACAACUAUCCUUACCGUUGUACUAAUGUAUUUUACUCUUUUUCUUUCCCAUAUAGUUAGUUAGCCUUUUUUCUUCUUUUCUUUUUUCAAUCAUAUACAUAUAUAUGUCUCCAAUCAGCCCCGAUGAUCUGCACAGGAUUUUCAAGAACCUGGACAAGAACAACAAAGGCCUUGUGAGCACUCAGGAGCUCCACCAUCUUCUUGAGAAAAUCGGAAUACACACAACCUUGGAGGAGCUCGAAAAUUUCGUGGGCCGAACAAGUCUUGAUUACAUAGACUUCUUGUUCUUCUACGAUGCAAUGGUUAAGGCCAGGAUGCAAGAACAAGAAGCCGACGAUGUCCACUCUUCCCAUGAUCACCAUGACAACGACCUUUUCAAGGCUUUCAAAGUCUUCGAUUUGAAUGGCGAUGGCUACAUUUCUUGCGAGGAGCUGCAGAGCGUGUUGUCGAGAUUAGGACUGUGGGACAAGAGGAGUGGCCAAGAUUGUAAAGACAUGAUCCGUGUCUAUGAUGAGAACUCCGAUGGGGUGCUCGAUUUUCACGAGUUUAAAAACAUGAUGUCUGUUCCUCCCACUUCUGAUCAUUCGGAGACAUAAAUGAUUGAUUGAUAUAUAUUUUAUUCACCACGACAUUUAGGAUCAAUAUACAUGACUAUAUACAUAUAGAGAGAGAUGUAUAUCAAGAUUGGCCAGCAUUUUUGGCAGUGUGCUAUUUUCUUCUGUUGGUUUUCGUUUCUUGGUUCAUUUUCUCAUGUAAAUUUGCUUUCUGACAAUCAAUAUAUGUUGCUGGUUAAUGCUGGAUUCAUCA